GACUGGAAGCCCUCCAAGGUCCCUUCCAACUCUGUUAUUCUAUAUUCUCUAUAAAUGCAGCAUUUCAGAUUCAGUUGCAAAAAAGACACAUUGGAUCAUAUGGGGAUGCUCACUUAGCUCCUGCCUUUUUUGCCAGGAUUGUGUGGCAUCCUAUCACAGCUCCAACAUGAUCUCAGAAGAAGAUGCAUUUUGUUUUAGGAUAUUUCAUGUGCAUCCCACAUGGCCUGAACUACUUUUUGGGCUUUGAAUUUGAAGCUUAGCAUGGAUCUAAAAUCUUUUUUGGAACAUAAGAAAUUCCUAACUUUAUAGAAAAAUGGAAUAUUGCAACAACUGCUAACAAUAGUGACAGUGUGACUAUACUAUAUGCUAUGGGCUGAGACUUUUCUCAUAUUCUUUUUUAUCUUUUCUCUGCCAUGUCUUGGGCCCUAUUUAAAAAUAUGUUUCAUAUAGACUCUAUUUCUAGUUUUCAAAAGUGCCACUGUCUGCCUUUUAGAAAACAAAACUAUCCAUUUAGUAGUAAAAAGUUGGAUAUUAUUAAUGGACUCAUAGAAGGGGCUACUGUGUCUCAUCUGAGCCCAAGUCUAUACCACAGUGGUUUCUUUCACUGGUAUUUGCUGCCAUCUUUUUUUCUUCCUCAUCUUCCCAACUAUAGGAACAAGAUUAAAAAAAAAGAAUGCAUCUUCCCCUUUUUUUCUAACAGUGAAAGGUGAAACAACCACAAAGGCUACAAAUCCAGCAACAUACACUCAGUUUGCAGAAACUGAUGCCAUCUGAGGCAUGUUACCAGACAAUGUGGAGUCAAAAUUGUUUAAAAUAAUUAUUAGAAAAUAUUUAACAGUGAAGAAAAACUAAGAUGAGUGUUGGCCUUAGAGAAGCAGCAUUAGAUUCAAAGAGUAAAUGUAAACAAAGCUAAGCUAUUGAAGACUCAGCUUUGGAGAAAAAUAGUAAAAAGAAUCAGAUCCUUGAGUUCAUCCAACUCCCUUUCCCAAUAAAGUCUAGAAGACAAGGGGGAUUGGAUUGCCCUUAAAAUCAUGGAAUACUCCCAUUCAUCAACCUGGAGCUUCUUUCCUUUUUUUUCUUAUAUCAUUUUUCAAGGAUUUAAUUUCUAUAAUUCCUGGCCAUAUUGGAUAAACAGUCUACUUGCUUGUAGAAGUGUUUAUUCUGAGCUGAUGUAAUGAAAAUGAUUUUAAUGGACAGUUAUUUUCCAUACUUUUACCCUUUGGACCCAGACAUUAACCUGACUAGAUCUGCUCAGCAAUUCCUCUUUUCUUACAUUCACACAUAUAUUGAGGACUGUUCACCAAAUUGCCAAUACCAUUCUAGGGUGAGCUCCAUUUUGGAAAAGGCUGCACUAAACAAAGUAACUUUCUUUACGCAGCAUCAGAAUAAACGGUGAACUUCUUUGAUGCUUGAUUCAAUUUCUAAAAGCAAGUGACUCUGGUUGGCAUACAACAAAGCUGAAGCAAUAUCAAAAAAACAUUAUUAUUUAAAAAAAAUAAGAACAGAGCCAAAACAAAUAACAGAUAAAUUGAUGUUAAUAGUAAUGGAGCCACCUCAUUAAUUUAGUUGCCCUUAGGAUUCUCAAGGCCUACUGACAUCACCAAAUCUUGAGAGACCAGAAGCUUGGAAUUGAUGGGGGGAAGUGAUCGGGGGAAGAAGAAACAACAGCAUGGAUGUCACAAUAGAAAAAGCCCACUGCCUAGGGCCCACCAAAUGUAGUUCUUAGAAAACAGAACCCGUAUCCUAGCCCACUUUGCAGAUGAAACCUGUGACAAUCACUCAACUAACCCAAUCCCAUGCAAUGUGGGGCUUUAAAGGUCAACAUCAGCACCUUGAAAUGGACCUGGAAACAAUACAGCCUAUGAAACAGAUGUAACAUGUUCUACCAGAAACAUAAUUGCAUGCAUUGCUGCAUUUUGUACCAGCUGAAGUUGUUGGAUAGUCUUCAAGGGCAGCCCCAUGUACCGCAAAGUUUACAGAUUCUGCUAAAGCAAAUCCAAAGAAGUCAUAUUACGAAUUUGUACAAGUGAACUCAGCCAUUACCUUUGAAUAUACUGUAUACUCAUUCUCAAGAGUGAGAAUUUACAUAUGUAUAAAGCCCAAGCCAAACAAACUGCAUAUUGGCAAUGCAGUAUAAGCCUAGUUAUGUAAACUACGGUGUAUCAUACAAUGCAAUAUUGUGAUCCCAGCCUGUGAAUAUUAUGUGCACCUUUGCUGGCUAGUGUGAUGCCUGAUGAGGCAAGGGAAUUGGCAAAUAACCUCUCCAUUUAUUUCCUUCUAUCCUCAUCCUCUGCAGGUUUCUUCUUCAUCUUUUAGUGGCUUCCUUACAUCCUUAGCACUGGCUCCUAUUUGCCAAAUAUCUGCCUUAUUUUUUUUUCUUCCUGAUUUUCUGUCCAUAAUUUUUAUAAAAGACUUCUUAUUGGAAGUCAGCUUAUCAGCUUCUUUGCUGAUCUAUACUUCUCUUGUCUAGCCUGAAUGGAAGAUGUGCAGUAGCAGGGAUCAUAUCCAGGACUUUUAGCUUUCAAAUACAUGAGUGGGGCUGCAGGAUGAAGGGGUGUCUAGGAAUGACUGACAAUGGUUCCCCACAAUAAUAAUGAUCAAGAACAAUAACAUUUCAGGAGAAGUAUUCAUGGUUCUUAACCACAGAGGAAAGUCUUUAAUGCACAAUAUAGUCUGUAACAGAGUUGAAAUAUACGUUUCCUGUAAGAAACAUUGUAUACGUAGAAAAUGAUCCAAAAUAAUUGAGAAUAUAGACUAAAUUGUGAUUAUAAAUAAAAGUACAACUCUUCCAUUUAUUUCCCAAUUCAUGGCAUAUUACUUCCUUUAGAUAAAUAGAAACAAUACAUAUUUUCCCUAUUUCUAGAGAUAUUUAGAAUUUUAGCAUUAUUAUUUUUGUAAAAAAUAUUAAACAUAUCAAAAAUACAGAAGAACAAGCCCUAUUAGAGAAUACAUGUAGUAGCCUUGAAAUUUCUAGCUUAAAACAUUCAAUAACUAUGCACAUAAGUUUUAUCCAAGUUUUUCAGUUGUGUGGAAUUCAACAUUUCUUCUACCAGGAAACAAGUUAACUUUUUUAGUUUUGUUGUAUCUGUUUAUGGUGUUAAUUUAACAAUACUUAUAAAUCAAUGCUAUUUUAAAAGGCAAAGUCUCUUGGCAGCUGAGUUCAGUCCCUGUUGGCUCCCCCCCCCUCCCCGCAAUUCCAGAGGUUUCAGAAGCAAACCUCACAGGGUUUUGGUCCCUUUCUCUAUGGAACUUACCAAUUGAUGCUUACGAUAAAUUUCAGAGUUCGAUGAAUGUUACUAUCUCUGAAAUACUUCACGACUCCAAACUGCAGUCAGUGUUAGAGCGUCGGAUCUUUAAGUGGUUCAAUAUUUUUCUCAGCCCCGCCUUUAGAGUGGAGUCAGAGAAGGCAGCAGGGUGGAAGACAGCAGCGCCCCCUUUAGCUCACCUCCGGUCAAUCAAAAAGGACAAUGACAUAGCAGCAGGUACCACCUGAUGAGGCUAUACGGUUGCGCGCGCACGCGCUCUAACUGUUCCCACUCCCCUCUCCGAUAAUCGCCGGCGUUUCCUCUUUCAGCCAUUUUUUCCAGCGCUGUGAUGGGAGGAAGCGGCAAGAAGGUUCUUGACCCAAGCUGCAGCAUUUUGGUCCUUUUGCCAUUCCUUACUGGCCUUCGGAGACUUCUGUUUAACGGAAUGAAAUUCGGAUUCUUUGAGUUAUGUUUUAGCUUUCCUCUAAUCUGACCUUCUCUAUUGCAAUAUCUUCUGAGUUGGAACAUUCUUUCUUCGAUUCUUUUGCUUCGUUCUGGUUUCUUUCAACUCCGCUUCUUUUUAAAAUUGCUAGCGGAUUACCUAAUAGUGAGCUCAUCAUCGUUCACCAACCUUUCCCACAGCGAAACAAUCCUCCCUAGUUUUGUCGCGCGAGACGGGUGAGUCCGGAGGAGGAGUCGCUGCUGCUGCUGCUGCCGCCUCUGCCGCCUUCGCCUGGGGUUUCAGGACCUUGGAGAGCUUGCUUGGUCGGGGAACUGCGGUACCACCAACAGCUAAGCGACCAGAGGAUUGCGCAAUCCUCCCUCAAUUUGCAGGCGAUCCUGGCUCGCGAUUCACGAAGUUGUGAUCCAACACUCUCUUUUAUGUCUAUUAACUGUGAUGUGCCUGCUGGGACGCAAUUUAUGUCCAGGCGUAAUUCAUGUCCCUCCACUUUUCAUUGGUGGGUCAGCCCCAUAGCUGAUUUCAUCAAAAUCUAAUUGGCAACCCUACUUUUUUAGGCCUCUUUGCAGCGAGGACAAUCAGCCUUGUAUCCACAACUUACUUGCAAACAAAAGAAUCCUUAUUUGGUUUGGUUUUGAUUUAAGUAGAAUAUGAGUGGGUACAUAAAAAUUAAUAAACUGUGGUUUUCUGCUAGAGCUGAACAGCAUAGCAAUAUUGCAAUCAGAGUGGGAGGCUGGCAUUGUGAGAGAAGAGUGUAGUUGUGAAGCAGUUGUGAAAAUAUCUCAGAUUGCAAGAGAAUGUCAUUUAUUUACAAAGAUGGAGGUUAAUUGAAUACUGAAGAACAGUUGAAUACUCAUUCUAAAGACUCUAAAUAUUAAGAAAGAUCAAGAAGAUUCUACAAAUGUUCCAAAACAUGGGUUAUCUAGAGUAGAAGCGGGAAUUUUAAAAAGCAAGCAAACGGACAGUAGCAAACAAUUCUUCAGAAGAAUCAUAUUUAAGAUUGUAAUAAAGUAAUUGAGCAUAGACGUUGGCUUUUAGGACUCAAUUACUUAAAAGAACAAUAUAUUUCCAGCAAAAAGGUGUGAUCUACUUAAAUCAAUAUUACUAGUUUUAUAAAUUUUAAUUCUUUAAGAAGGAGCCAUAACCAAUCACUGCUAAAUGCCUAGCCUUCAGUUUUUUCUUCCCCUAAUGUCAUUUUAGAAUAUCCCUUCUUAACAUGCCUUCUUUUUAAAGCAAAAUUAACAUGGAGUUGUUAUAUAUUUCAUUUGAGUUAGUAGAAAAUACCAUACUGCUGUAUCAUUGGAACAUUUGAGAAAUUCUUUGUGAGAGGAAACAGUCUUUGCUGAAUGUGAAAUUAUCAAACCCAAGGAGUUCUCAUAAGUGAAAUUAAUCUUAAGACUUUUUCUACAAAAUGAAGAAAUUUAGUUUUCACAAAGUUUUGGAUGGUUUAACUUCAUCCCCUAGUGGAAACUGCAGUAGUAGUAUCAGUGGCAGUGGGCCUGGAAGGAACUCGGAGAACUCCGGAGAGGCUGCAGGGACACCCAGGGAUGAAAUUCAAGAAAGGCUGACUGCAGACUACUUUCAGAUAUGCAAGACAGUUCGUCAUGGAUUUCCAUAUCUGCCCACUGUCUUAGCUUUUGACCCAGUUCAAAAGAUUCUGGCUAUUGGAACAAGAACAGGUGCAAUACGAAUAUUGGGAAGGCCAGGUGUUGAUUGCUAUUGUCAUCAUGAAAGUGAUGCUGCUGUUCUGCAGCUUCAAUUUUUAAUUAAUGAGGGUGCUUUGAUUAGUGCAAGUUCAGAUGACAUGCUCCAUUUGUGGAAUCUAAGGCAGAAACGGCCAGCGAUUCUUCAUUCCCUGAAAUUUAACCGAGAAAGGAUUACCUUCUGUCAUCUACCUUUCCAAAGCAAAUGGCUCUAUGUGGGAACAGAGAGGGGAAAUACACAUAUUGUAAAUAUUGAAUCCUUCAUACUUUCUGGAUAUGUUAUCAUGUGGAACAAGGCAAUAGAAUUAUCAACAAAGACUCACCCUGGGCCUGUUGUGCAUCUAAGCGAUAGCCCAAGAGAUGAAGGAAAAUUAUUAAUAGGUUACGAAAAUGGGACCAUAGUAUUAUGGGAUUUAAGAGCAAAAAGAGCAGAUUUAAGAGCAUAUUAUGAUGAGGCUAUUCAUUCAAUUGGAUGGCAUCAUGAAGGGAAGCAAUUUAUGUGCAGUCAUUCUGAUGGCAGUUUAACUCUAUGGAAUCUAAAAAGUCCCAGCCGGCCUUUCCAGAUAAUCAUUCCUCAUGGUAAGAUUCUGCGAGAUGGGAAAAAAGUUGAAUCUUGUAAGCCCAUUCUUAAAACAGAAUACAAGACCUGUAAAAAUAGUGACCCUUUUAUCAUUUUUUCUGGUGGACUUUCUUAUGAUAAACCUUGGCGAAGGCCAGGUCUGACAAUCAUGCAUGGAAAAGCAAUUACAGUGCUUGAGAUGGAUCAUCCUGUGGUUGAUUUUUUAACUCUUUGUGAAACUCCAUAUCCAAAUGAAAUUCAAGAACCCUAUGCUGUUGUUGUACUAUUGGAAAAAGAUCUAAUUGUUGUUGAUCUGACUCAAAGCCAUUUUCCCAUUUUUGAAAAUCCUUAUCCCAUGGACAUUCACGAUUCACCUGUUACCUGCACAGAAUAUUUUGCUGAUUGUCCUCCAGAUUUGAUUCCUGUGCUAUAUUCUGUAGGUGCAAAACAUAAGAAGCAAGGAUAUAGCAAUAAGGAGUGGCCUAUCACUGGUGGAGUAUGGAACCUAGGAUCACAGACAUAUCCUGAGAUUAUUAUUACAGGUCAUGCAGACGGAUCAGUAAAAUUUUGGGAUGCUUCUGCCAUCACACUGCAAAUGCUGUACAAAUUAAAAACUUCAAAAAUAUUUGAAAAACGAAAGUUGGAAGGCAAGCCAGCAAUAGAUAUGAUAGAAGAGGAUCCUUGUGCAAUCCAGUUAAUGUACUGGUGUCCUGAAAGUAGAAUAUUUUGCAUAGCUGGUGUCUCUGCAUAUGUUAUCGUUUAUAGAUUCAGCAAACAUGAAGUUAAUACUGAAAUAUCGUCUUUAGAGGUGAAGCUCCAGAAUGAGAUAGAAGAUACCAUUAGUCCUGAAGCAGAAAUUAUGACUUCAUUUGCUGAUGCCUCUUCCAAUUUUUCAUCUUUAAAAGACCUCUCAGACAAUUGCAAUGCUUCAUCUGAGCAAACAAUGGAUUGUAGUCCAUUUCUCAGUGUGAAGACUCGUGCUGUAAGAAUGCCCCCUGGUUAUCAAGCAGAACUUGUUAUUCAAUUGUUGUGUGUAGAUGGUGAGCUUCCUCAACAAAUAACCAGCCUAGCAAUGAAUUCAGCCUAUGGAUUAAUUGCAUUUGGAAACUGCAAUGGUCUGGUUGUUGUAGAUUUUAUGCAGAAGACUAAACUGCUGAGCAUAGGAAGCUUUGACCUCUAUGGAUCGAGUGAUCCCUAUCAGCGCCAACCUCGUUCUCCUCGCAGAAGCAAGCAAUUUAGCGCAGGUGUCACAGAGAUACUGGAUGGUCCAUUUCCAAUGGAGCUGGAGCGGUGCAGGUCCCCCACAGCUUCAGAUUCUUUAAAUGGACACUGUACAAAUCCAACUUCCCUAACUUGCAGUUCUGGAAAACGACUGUCCAGUGCAGAUGUUUCCAAAAUCAAUCGUCGUGCUCCUGGAAAGCCUCCAUUUAGGAAAGCACAGUCUGCUGCUUGCAUGGAGAUCUCUUUGCCCAUCACAUUGGAAGAAAACAGAGAGAACUCAUUCAGUCCUUCUCGAAGUUCUAGCAUCUGCAGUAUUGACAAAGAAUCUAAGGAAGCAAUCACAGCUUUAUAUUUCAUGGAGUCAUUUUCACGGAAAAAUGACACAUCUUUGUCUCCUUGCCUUUGGGUUGGAACAGGCCUGGGUGUAGUCUUGACUCUUUCCCUUCACCUUCCCACUGUCGAUGAAUUAAGGCCAACGGACCCAGUAACAAUUUCACUCAGUGGUACAAUUUUGUCACUAAAAGGAGCAGUGUUAACCUUUGCUUGCUUGGACUGCAUGGGAACAUUAAUACAUCCUCCCUAUGAAGCAUGGAAAGAUCCAAAUGCCACUGAGGAUAGUGAAAGAACCAAUAAAAGGAAACCUGUCCUUCAUUCUUCAUGCUCCCAGAACACAGGAGACCACCAGCUUGCCAUUAUCUGCUCAGAGAAACAAGCCAAAGUAUUUUCAUUGCCUUCCCAGAUAUGCCUCUAUGUUCACAACAUCACAGACACAUUAUUUUUGCGAGCAGAUGUGGUGACCCUCUGUAACAGUGUUUGCUUGGCAUGUUUUUGUGCCAAUGGGCAUAUCAUGAUACUGAGUUUACCCAGCCUUCGCUCGCUGCUAGAUGUGAAUUAUUUGCCUGAAAUAGAUACAAGGAUUGCCCGGACCUUUUGUUUUACCAAUGAAGGACAAGCUUUGUAUCUUGGUUCUCCAACAGAAGUCCAGCGACUGAACUAUAGCCAGGAAAUGUUUGACCAUCUGCAGGACAUGCUUGGUGAUUUGUUCAUUCCCAUGGACACCCCAGAGGCCCAAUACAGAGGUUUUCUGAAGGGGCUAUUUGGUGGAACUGGUGGAACACUUGACCGAGAAGAUCUGUUUGGCGAAGCAACAUCAGGAAAAGCAUCUUGUACUCUUGCUCAACAUAUUCCUGGAUCGAUUGAGAGUAUGAAAGGAGCUGCAGGAGGUGCUCUUGGAGAUCUGGCUCGUGCACGUCUUGCUCUUGAUGAAAGGGGACAAAAACUUGGGGAACUAGAUGAAAAGACAGCAAGAAUGAUGUCAAGUGCAGAAGCAUUUUCCAAACAUGCACAUGAGGUAAUGAUCAAAUACAAGGAUAAAAAAUGGUACCAGUUCUGAUUUUCAACAUGGAAGCUCUCCCUGAAUGUGCUGUAUUGAGAAAUUAGGGGGACAAGCUUCAACAGAUCAGUCUCUUGGCAGAAGCAGCCCUUGUUCCAUGCUGUUUCCUUUUUCCUUUCCUGUCCCUCAGAGAGUCAAAGAUUGUUUUCUAAGGCCACUGCAUGGUGGAUCUUUGCAUCUAUCUUGAGUCUUUUCCAAAUGAUCAAUAUCUAAAAGGUAACAUUUAACUGGCUUUGAAUAUAAGCUGUAGAAAGCAUAAUUCCUGGUUUGAAGCAGCAUGUAUAUAUUAGAUUGUUAAUGCAAUUACACUGAACAAAAUUUUGCAUGAUUAACUGGCUUCCUAUACAAAAAAAGCAAAGCAUGCUAUGACUAAGGAAAGGAGUUUUAUUGUUAUAUUCCACAUAUACACAUAGAUAUUUUAAAACAUUUCUAGCAUGUUGCUUUCAGCUGAAAAUAAACUGUAUUUCUCUUAUUUGAAAUUCUUUUUUCUAUAGGCAAGUUUAGUUUGAAAACAGUGCAUUUCAUUAGUUAACAAAUAAAGUCACAUAAAGUUCAGUGGCCAAACCUUUGUGCUUUCUUUAUGGGAUGUCUAGACAUUUUUAGACAGAUGUUACUAUUGUAUACAAUAUUACAUAUAUUCUUUAAGUUUGUUCCAUCAAAGUUCCAGAUAAUUUUGCAACUUUUCCAAAGUUCAUUGGUUAUAUGCUACAUUACUAUCCAAAUUUUUUUGGAUUAAAUGUUUUUGUCUUAAACUUUCCUUAACUUUGCAUAUUUUGUAAAGUUUUUGAGCUGAGAAAUAUCUUGAUGCAGAUUGUGGUGGAUUUUCUGAAUUAUGUUUCUGGUUUCGAUGGACUUGAAAGAAAUCUGAUGGAUUUCUCCAACAAUGAAAGUCUUGGCUUAUACUUUAGGAACUGCAGCAAAAAUUUAUAAAUAAACUAUACAGAUUACAACUAGUGUUGUUUUCUUUUUCAGUAAUUAUAGUAGAAAACAUAUCUGGUAAGCAGGUUAUAUUAAGAUAUACCUUUCAUUGAUAAAAUGGAUUGCAAGGGCCUCUUCUGGGAAAUCCCCAAAUUAGGCCACUGGACACUAAUAUGGCCAAGAAUGAAGUGGGGGUAAAAAGGCUUUUUAAAAACUUCAUAAAGGGAUGAAUAUCAUUUUGACAACAAAGUUGGUGUCAAUAUGUUAUCCCUUCCACAAAAAGCUUCCUGAUGCAUUUACCAAGGAACAGCUAGUCUCUCCAGAGAAUUAGGCAAGACUGAGACAAACAGGUUUAUCUCUGAUUAGUUGCCACUCAUAGAUGCUGAAGUUACUUAAAGCAUAAUGCCAGAUAGUUCCAGUUAGGACAAAAGUGGAAGAGAAACCAUGCCGUCUAGUAAAAAAUGUAGUGAACAAACAUCUACAAUUCACAAAGCCCAUAAGUGAUGAAAAGAGGAAAGGGUUGCCAAGGAAGAUACAGAAAAAAAAAUCUGAAUUCUAAGAAGUCUAAAGUUUGAAAGGAAUGGAGGCUGAUGAAACUUUCAAAACAAAAGGAAAAGCAACACUGAACCAACUACUCAAUGAACAUACCAAAAGGACCACAAAAUGAUGACAGGUUAGGUGGACUGCUCUACUGUAUUAAAAGAGUAUGAAGGUGUAAAAUAGUUUUAUAAACUUGUGCAUAGAAUGGAGAAACAUACUAAAUAAAAUUAUCCAGGUUUAUUACAGAACCAGGAACAAUCUCUUAUCACACUUGAAGUAUGCAGUUAAGCAUUGUAUGGGUAUCUAAGCCAACAAAUGUUGAUGUAAAUUCUUAGCAAGAGUUUUAUGCUUAUAUAAGAAAAUAAAUAAAAAUAAAAAUAAAAUGAAUUUGUUAUUUAUCAUUUAGUAAAUGAAAAUUAUUUAAGUAAUUGAGAACUUGGUUAUGGUUACUUUAAUGUGGGAUGCGCUACAAAAUUAGGGAACUGGACUUAGACGCAAGACAAAUAGAAAUUAAAUUGUACAGUUUAACUGUGGAUUAUACUAUCAUAAUUAUGGAUGGUAAUCAUAAAAGUUCCUUUAACAAAAACACUUUUAAUAAACAACAAUUAAAACCAA